AUGGAAAAUGUGGACUCUAGAUGGCUUGAUACUCUGUACAGAGAAGGUUUCGAGGCAGUCUUUGGCUCUUGGAUGGGAAGAUAUGCUUGCCCUUUCCUAUUCGGUCACAACCUAGCAGACAAAUACGUCAGCAUAUCUGACCUCUGUCGCCAUCUCGAUGGCUGCAUAGUAGAUACUGGAGACAGCCAACUAGUCGGUCGAAGCAGAGACAUUGAACAGUCUCUCCAGAGCACCAUUUCAGCAUUUGCAGCACGAUGGCUCCCUGUUACAUCUCCAGAGCCAAAUUCCAACGAGGAUCACUGCAGUCUUGUCCAGGCUCUCUGGAGGCAUGCCAGGAGGGACAUGUUACGUGUCAUAAACAGGCCAGCCUACCGGUCAAUGCUAUCUCUGCUUCUGUUCGCUCUAACGCCAAUACCAGACGGCAUCUCGGAGGACGAGGAGGCAGAUGGAAUUUCCGGUCAGGCUUGUGUUCAUGCAGCCUUGCAGCAGAUACAAACAUUACGUGCACGUCAGAGAAACCUGCAAUUCAGCGGUUCCAAAGUUUCUCCGUCUCUCAAAUCCCAAGCUAUUGUCACAACACCAGAGUCGAUCGAAACAUCAGGCUUCAUAAAUGCCGAAAGUACUGUAUACUGGGCAGCUUUAACAUUUGACACCUCCGCAUCUCUCACCCUCAAUUGUCGCUCACUUCUAUCUUCAGGUCUUUUCGGCUUUGAGUCUGAACUCCCAUGGCGUCUCGUCAAAACUUGUGCCAAGAUGUUUGACGAGAACGCCCGCCAGUGGAAGCAAGGUAGCUCAGAUAUGACGGAUGAAAGAGCGAAUCAGAUCAUUGCUGCUGGGGCCUCUUGGAAGCUCCUUGGAUGGAAAGUCACUGCCAUUUUCAAAGAAGCUCUGAGAGAUGGCCAUGAGGAGUCAGAAGUUCGGAGAGCAUACCUGGCCGUAGUUGACUCUGUGAAACAAUUUGGCAUCAUUUAUCGCCCACUUUUGGACGAAUGUCAUAAACGCAUGCCUUUUCUUGGGCAACAGACAAAGCUUCGAUGGUUUUCUCUUAUGCUUCACUACCAUCUCAGCAUCCUCAUGCUAGUGGACAUCAUCGAAGCCACGGACCGCCAGGACCUGCUAUCAGACAUAACCGACAUAUGUAUCGAUGCUGAGAACACGGUGAUGAACACUCUAGCAUUCGGUUUGCACAACACAUUUACAUUAAAACGACCCAUCGAUUCAAUCGUCGGCGAUGGUUUGAAGUUUAUUGUCCACGUUGGAGAGGACGUUGAGGCAUUUGCCGCAGAGCUCAAAGUCUGUGCGGGCAGCGAUAGCAAAGUUCUCAACGACGGCUGA